AUGAAGGGUGCAUUGAAGGUGAGAAGCACCCAGUCGGGCUCAAGACGGAGCAAAUCGCCUGCAGAUGCUGAUGCUGGAACGAUCCACGCCUUCUGAUCAUAUCAGUUUGCAAAGCGCACGCCUCACCUGCUUCAGGGCAAGGUGGGCAUGGCUGCCAAAUCGCAUGAUGCCGCGUUCGACGAGCUGAAUAGGAAGUUUGGUCAGUUUGAGAAGAAUGCGGAUCAUUUGCACAAGGACGCCACAGCGAUGAAAGAUGGGAUCAAAAGUGAGCGCACAGAACAACCUUCUACGGUCUGGAGCAUGACUGAUUGAUGCGCACCGCUGAUCGUCCCGCAGACAUGCUGUUGAGCGGUGCUGGUUUCGGAUCUGCCUUCGCGAACCUCUUCGCCAACGCGUCAAAUCGGUCGGCUUAUCCAAAAGCUGAACAGACCGCAGCAUACCUACCCAUUUACGAUGCGAUGAUGGAAGAGCUUCGCGAGACUCUGACUCCAGAAAUCGAGCUGAUUGAGAGUCGAAUCAUCAGUCCUGCCAACGAGUUCAUCGGGAUCUGCAAAGCCGUACGGAAGAACAUCACAAAGCGCGAUCACAAGGUGGGUGAAAGGGUCAGGCGUGCAUUCUCAAUACGUAGGGAAGAAGAGGCAAGGGUUGUCUAGCGAGGAGGGAAAUGAAGCGGAGGCAUGUUUGACCUGCUUCGGCAUGCGUGGUUUCUCGGCAGACUUGUCUCUUGAAAUGCCGGACUUCGAGUCUACGACUUGAGAUUUCAGUGGCAGCAUACGUUCCCAAAGGUCAGCACGCGUGCUGAUGCUUACUGUUGGCCCACAGCUCAUCGACUACGAUCGCCAUAAUAAUUCAUACACCAAGCUCAAAGACAAGAAGGACAAGACGCUGAAAGACGAACAAAACCUCUUCAAGGUGGAGCAGGAAUUUGAGACCGCAGCAGCAGAUUACGAAUACUUCAACAACAACCUGAAAGAGGAGCUGCCGCGGUUCUUCGAGAUGGCGCAGCGCUUCAUCACGCCGAUCUUCCACAGCUUCUACUAUAUGCAGUGAGUCAGACGCGUGUCAAGGCCUUCUCUAGGCUCGACUACAACUCUCACUUGCUUGUCGCUCUCUUGUUCUGGCAGGCUCAACGUCUACUACCUGACUCUGGACAAACUCCAAACAUUUGCUGACGGCAAGUACGAUGUUGCAAAGAUGUCCGGGAUCAGCAUUGAGGACACCUACGUGCAGCAACUUAAUGAUGCUGCCGAGCGGUUGGAGGCUUUGACAAUUCGCAAGCCGACUCCUCCAAGUGGUGAGUUCACCUGCCCCACCCGGAUUCAACCCAGUGCGCUCACAAAACGUGCCGGUUAUUAUAGCUCGUGUUCUACAACAAGCGCGCAGCGGCUCCAGCCCGGCCUCGCCUCCCGCAUCUCGAUAUGCGCCACCACCCAAGGCUGCUCCUACGCACAAUCGAGUCGCUUCAGCCUCGACUGCGUCUGCGGCUGCACCUCCUGCGUACACCGCUGGAGCAUCGUCGGCUACCAGCAGCGCAGCGGCGGGUAAGCGAGCGCCUCCGCCUCCUCCUACCAAGCCCAAGCCUGGCGCAGCGCCUGGUGUGACGUACGUCACCGCCCUUUACGAUUACACCGCGCAAGCCGAUGGCGACUUAAGCUUUUCGACUGGAGACAGGAUAGGUGAGUGUGUGGAUUGGUGUCGCAGCCCAUCGGUGUGCUGCGCUGAUGCGGCAUCUCGGACAAUGCCGACAGAGGUUGUCGAGCGUACAGCCUCCACAGAGGACUGGUGGACAGGCAGGGUGCAUGGGGUGCAGGGUGUCUUUCCAGGGUGAGUGGUCAAGCGCUUUCAUUUACGUCUGAUACUCGCUCAACGGUGUGAUGCUCGAAAUCCAGGAAUUACGUUCGAGAGGGGUGA